UGGUCUGUAGCUCCCCAAGGGUAUGUACAGAACUCAGUUCAGCACCACAGCGAGGCAGACAAAGCCUGGCGUGGGAGGGACUGGCAAAAACCUUUUCUUUUCAAUCUCACAGGGAAGAACAGCCGGAGAUGCCAGAGCGCAGAAAUAAUAAAAAAAGGUAUCCUGGCUAUGCCCUAACGUGCUGAAAAAAGAGACAAUCAAAUGGCUUCCCUGGAGCUUCUUUACAUAGAUAAAGAUGGCAAGCAAUCCGAUCCUCCAAGCAGCGUUGAUUGUGGUUUGAGUCCACUGCAUAUUCAUAAGUCGAGCACUUCUGCUGGAAAUGCAAUUUCCAGAACACUUCAGUGCAAUUCAGCUCAAAGGGCAUCUGUCAGUGAAGGACAAUGUAAUUCAGCACCAAGGACAGUUCCCUUGAAAGGGGGGUUGUUUGGCAAACAGAAUCCUCAGGGACUGCCAAAAGAGGCAAAGGUGUGCUGUGAUGAGGAAUUGGAAACAUCCUUUACUUACAUCGACGAAAAUGUCAAUCUCCAACGCGCCAGUCCUCAGCUGUCUGCUAAAAGCCCCUAUGGACAGUCGACUCAAAGCCCCGGCAGUGAGAACCAGCAGGAGGCUUUGCAAGAACUGUCACAGAUGUCGGAGGAUGAAAGUUCCUCAGAGGCUCAGGGGAAAUCGGUGGAUUACGGCUUCAUCAGCGCGGUUACGUUUCUCGUCAGCGGGAUCACACUGGUGGUCAUCUCCUACGCCAUCCCGCGGGAGGUCAACGUGGACAAAGACAGUGUCUCAGCCCGGGAGAUGGAGCGGCUGGAGAACGAAAGUGCGAGAAUCGGUGCCCAUUUAGACCGCUGUGUGAUCGCCGGGCUGUGUCUCCUCACUCUGGGUGGAGUUGUGCUUUCCACGCUGCUCAUGAUCUCUAUGUGGAAGGGAGAGAUGUACAGGAGGAAGGCCUUCGCAUAUUCAAAGCAGUCAGCAAAAUUGUAUGGCUCAAUUAAUUUAAGAGCAGGAGCGAGUCCCACUGGAACUACAGCACACUUGUCUGUGUUGGAGGAUGAUGUGAUAACCCUUAACUAAAAAUACAUGUAUUUUGACACAACAAAAAUAUCCAGUCUUAUCAACAAAAGACAUACAUGCAUAUUGGUAGCUUGACUGAUAUUUUUCUCUUUCGGAUAUUCGAUAUAACUAUCUUUGAACUUGAGAUUUGAAAAACAGUGAAAUAUGCAAAUAUGAUUGAUAGUAUAGAUAGGGAUCUUCUCUUUGGGGGGGAAAAAGCCAUCUGAUACAAAUGCAUAUGAAGACAUAAAGUCAUCAAUGAACAACCAUUGCAAGACGAUUGACAAUUACAUAGUUUAUGCUUGUCUUUAAAACCAGUAUUAUUGACAGGAGUUGAGAAGACUUACUUAGGAGAACAUACUGUAACAUGCAGCUGUGUAUCUGCAUUGAAAAACAUUAGUAAUUGUUUUUUUUCACAUGAAGACAAAAUACUUCUGCUCAAUAUAAUUAUAUUGAUCCAAAAGCUGUUGUUUUGCUUUAUUAAUCUUAUUUAUAUCCUUUUUAGUGUUUUGGUGGCACUUAUGGUUAUGACUUCAUAGACUAGUGAAAAAGUUAGGUGAGUGAGUAACAAAAUAAAAGGCAGAUAGUGGCUUCACUCUCAGUUUAAAAGCCUGCUUGAGAAUUAUCAUUAUUCUUACAUAAUAAUCAUUAUUCUUAUGGUAUAAUAGUGUUUUAGGAGAGUUUUGUGUUCUAUUUAAAAAACACGCCAUCCAACCCUAGGCCUUAGUGUCUCAUGAUGUUCUUGGAAAGGCUGCAUAAUCCUGCUUAAUUUGGCAUAUGUUCCUAUAUGUCUGUUUCAUUUACAGUAUUAAGCUGUGAUUCUUCAAAAGAACAAACUAUGGAGUAGAAUUUGAAUGUUUCUGAACUGUCAGAUAUCUGCUAGACCUGGGUUGUGCACUAGCACCCCACCUCAUUCAUCUGGGUGGUCUUAGGUGAUGUUCAACAGGUGCCUUGAAGGGAAAAACAUUCCUCUCGGCUCUAUAGCUGACUGUUAAGCCUUCGUAUAUGGGCUACAGAGGUCCAAGUUGGCAUUGUUAAAAAUCAGAACACCAUGAACAAGAAAUGUUCAGAACAAUCAAAGCCUUAUGCUGAAUAAAAAGGAUAAUGUGACUGUUAAAAGAUUGAAAUUAUUAUUGCUUCUCAAAUAUUAAUAUUUUCCACUUUCCAAGUGCAAGACCAAAGUCAUAUUUGUAGAUCCUCCAAGCAGCAGUGAUCUGUGCUAUAUAUAAAUAUCAUCCACCUCAUAGUAUUGUUUUUGUCUUGGACCUAACACAAUUAUAAGGACAUGAACUGUACAGUAUAUGCUAUUGGAGUUAAUAUGUUAAUAUGAUCAUUUCAUUAUCUAGCUCCCUGUAAUGAGACACAUUACCAGACACAAGAUUAAAUUACCUGCUUGCACAGAAGGUUGAACUCACAAUAUGACAUUGCAUUUUGGAAUAAAAUGAGAGUGUAUUUAUUAAAAAUGAACUUGUUCACUCCUUUACCUUGGGUUUUCACAAAGUUAAUACCAAGAAGAAGAAAAAAGUCAUAGUAUAUCAAGACGGUAUGGUAUGAAGAAUAACAUUAUACAUCUGAAGGCAUUUCCUGUAUAAAUUGGAAUCCCUGUUUCUGAAUCGGUGUUCAUUGUGCACAUAAAAGAAACAAACUCCCAUUACUUCAAAGUUCAUAUCCUUGAACCAACAAUCAUACUGCACAACUGGAUUACGGGGAAAGGCUGGAAGAUGCAAAGAUGUUUUUCAGCAGCUUUCAGGAUGUUGUGUUUUUUUCCUGCUGAGUUUUCUGAGGGGCUCAGAUUAGAAUCCCAAAAAACAAUUGGCGCCAUCUCAGCCGAGGGAGGGUAGGGAAUGAGCAAGAGCUGUUGUAGAGCUGAGGCGUGGCUGGAGAUCUAUGAAACAAAACAUCCAUGAUGGCAGAAUGCCUAGAUGGAGCUUUUGUUUCAUCACUCCCCAACGUUUAAUACUAAAUACGUGUGCCUCAUGAAAGGAUUGCGGAGGAAAGCUUUAACUAGAAAAGACGUGGUCAGUUCCCUUGCCUUUUCAUGCUGAAUAUCAGUAACUUGAUCAAAAAAAGGAGUUAGUCAGCCAAAUAAUUCCAUCUUAAUUCACCUCGUAUUCCCAUUGGUUUAUAUGGGGUUUCAUGGGCUACAUGCAGUUUAAAAUCUUAAACUGCAAGCCUUGUCUUUAGCAGGAAUAUGUCGGUCUUGAAUCUCACGUGGUAUCGUGAAAUGUUUUGUUCCAUAAACCAGUGAUAAAUGAUUUCAUCCUUUUUCUAAAGGAAACUUGGAAUCUGAGAUGUUCUUCAAAUUGUACAAAGCUUUUUGUGUAUUAAUGUCAUACAGCAUUUACUAAGGCCUUAUUUAAACUAUUAUGGUAUCUGAUUGCAAGCUAUGCAUAACUGCGGCAGAAAAUA